AUGGCUAUGUACGCAUCUGCUCCUCCACCAUUCCCCCAGCCUAGCUACCCAGAUGCCAAUGUCUGGGAGCCCGAGCGUGAGGUCGAGUCUGGAUAUGUCAAUGUGGAUCCUCAGUACGUUCCAAGGAACGGCUAUCGCACUGGUACUGGUGCAGCGUUUGGGUCGGACCCCGCCGACCAUGGCACUGAGGCAUCUGCUCCAUCCACAACCUCAAAAGCGAAAACUUCUGCACAAUCGCCCAUGCCAGAGGAAAGCGAAGUUGUAAUCGCCGUCAUGGGUGCGACAGGAAGCGGAAAGACGACUUUCAUCAACACAGCAAGCGGGUCGACUCUCAGGAUUGGAAAAGGAUUGCGCUCCUGCACCAACGUCGUUCAGAUCGCCGAGUCGUUCUACUUGGAUGGACGAAAGGUGGUCUUGAUCGACACUCCUGGGUUCGACGACACGACCAAGAGCGACACCGAUAUCCUUCGAAUGAUAGCGGCGUUCCUUACAACUACAUACGAGCAAGGCAUCAAACUCGCUGGUGUCCUCUACAUUCACCGCAUCUCCGACUUUCGUAUGGGUGGUAUUUCGACGCGCAACUUCAAGAUGUUCAGACAAUUGUGCGGAGAGAGUACCCUCAAGAACGUCGUGAUCUUGACCAACAUGUGGGGUCAGGUCAACCCAGAAGUUGGAGAAGCGCGCGAGAGGGAGCUAGCUACCGACCCGCUGUUCUUCAAGCCUGUUCUUGACAAGGGAGCGCAGAUGCUCAGGCACGACAAUACCCCCGAAUCUGCGCAGAGGGUGCUGAGGUAUAUCAUCGGCAACCAUCCCUUGACGUUGCAGAUCCAGAGAGAGCUCGUGGAUGAAGGGAAGGACAUCCUGCAAACUGCUGCAGGAGAGGAACUGAACAGGGAGUUGUUGGCCCAGUUGAAGAAGCAUGAAGCAGAUAUGGCCGACCUUCAGCGUGAGAUGCAAGGUCUGUCACUUCAGUUAUUUUCCAUCGAGAGCGACAUCCAGGCUAACCGUAACACAGAGGCGAUGAGGGAGAAGGACGAGGAAACACGCAGAGAGAUUGAAGCUGAGCAAAUGAAGCUCAGAGCCGAGAUGAAUCGCGUCCGGAACGAUGCCGAGAAGCUCGCCUCGAACUAUCAAGAAGAAAAGGAGAGGUUGGAAGAACAGAUGAGAGAGAUGAUGAGAGAAUCCCAGCGAGCUCAGGAAGAGACAGCCGCCAGGUACCAGGAGCAGAUCGACGCACUGGAGGCCAGGUUGCGAGACAGUGCAGCUGCUUCAUUGGCAGAGAGACAGGCUAUCCAAAAGGAGCUUGACGAGCUUCGAAGGAGGCCACCUCCGUCUCGUGGCGGCUUCUUUGGCAUGAUUGGGGCCGCCCUUGACCGAAUUUUUGGCAUACAUCGUUGA